AUGGGAGACUUGGGCACCGAUCAAGACCUUACGGUCUUCGUCAAUGGCAACAUCUACCAGUCACCGACCAACAACGUAGACAACCCAAGCUUUGCCUCGGGUAUGGUCGUUCAAAACGGCACCAUUCAACACAUCGGCUCGGAACACGAUGACGCCGUAAGCACCGCCAAACAAUCCGGCGCAAACAUCCAGGACCUCGGCGGCCAGACGAUUCUCCCGGGAUUCAUUGACGGCCACUUGCACCUCCUCCUCGUGGGACAGUCCCUCACCAAAGUCAGUCUUGACGCAUGCAAGAAUCUAGAGGAUAUUCGAACAGAGAUCAAAAAGUACGCGCAAUCUCACCAAGACGUUUCACGCAUUUUUUGUCGAGGAUGGAUGCAUUCCAUGACGCCCGAGGGCGUAGAUGCCACGCUGUUAGAUGACUUAGAUCCGCGGCCUAUUUUUGUAGAUACCAAGGACUUGCAUUCUACCUGGUGCAACUCCCUUGGUCUCAAGGAGAUUUGCAAAGUCAUGGACAUCAACGACGACACACCAGAUCCAGCGGGGGGGAGUAUCCAGCGUGACAAGGACGGCAAACCGAAUGGAGUGUUCAAUGAAGGUGCCGUCUUUCAGACCAUCUGGCCCUUUGUAGCACGGGUGGCGAGCAUGGAGGAGAAGAAGGACGCUAUCCAGUCCGCUUUCAAGGCGUUCAAUGCCGUGGGAUACACGGGCAUGAUCGACAUGGCCAUGGACGACACCAUUUGGGAGCCACUGGUGGCGUUGAGGAACGACACGAAUGGCUUGCAAGGCAUGCGAGUAGCCGCAUACUGGCUCAUGAAACCGACUGAUUCUCUGGACAGUGUCCUUGCGCAGGUUGAUCGUGCUGCCGAGUUGGCGAGACUGUACAAUGCUGAAACCACGCCAGACUGUCGCAUCGUAGGCGUAAAGGUCAUCACGGACGGCAUCAUCGAUGCAUGCACCGCGUCUCUGACAGAGCCGUACUGCAACGGCGAGAACCCCGACUCCUUGUGGCCGGAAGACCUCCUUCACCAUCUCGUCGCGCGAGCUCACGCCGCAGGAUUACAAGUUGCUUUGCACGCCAUUGGCGACCGCACAAUCCAAAUGGCAAUCGACGUGCUGGAGAAGAACACGGACAAAUCUCGACGUCCUCGCAUCGAACAUCUCGAGCUAGCGUCCGCCAGAGAUGCCGCUCGUCUCGGCAAACUCGGCAUCACAGCAUCCAUUCAGCCCGUUCACUCGGACCCGGCGAUCCUGCGCGCCUGGCCACGUCUCAUCGGCGACGACCGCUGCAAGCGGGCCUUUGCCUAUCGUGAGUUUGCAGAUGGCGGAGCUCCUUUGGCGCUGGGAUCAGACGCGCCAACCGCUCCUCAUGAGCCGUUGCCUAAUCUAUAUGUUGCUACUACGAGGCGCUCGUAUCGGGAGCCUGGAUUCGACACGGCGGUGAAUCCUCAUUUUGCACUUACUAUGUGUCAGGCUGUUGCUGGUGCCACGCAUGGAUCCGCCUACUCGAGCUUUGCGGAUCAGUGGACGGGGAGCUUGAAGGCUGGGCUGAAGGCGGAUUUUGUCGUGUGUGACGUCGAUUUGAAGCCAGAGAACGUCGUGAAGGGUGUUGUGAGAGAGACGUGGUUUGAGGGGAAGCAGGUGUAUAAGGCCAGUUGA